GUGUGUGUGCGCGCGCAGCGGAGGCUGGAGGACAGAAACAACAAAGAGGAGGUGGAGAGAGGAGCACUGGAAGCAGGGGAGAGACGACAAAACAACGCCCGCCAAAAAAUAAUGUGCGAGGGGCCAGACAGAGAGUAACCACAAGGUCCAUAUGGACAGCACUGGGAGGAACCAGGACUGUGCUUGGAGUUGUUCUGAGGGUCUGCAGUGUAAACCCAGAGCUUACUCUCCACUGUCAGCAUUUCACUGCAGGAAUCAGGCUGUUAGCAGCGCCGUGUUCAAUAAUGUGAUGUUGUCUAAUGUGUUAGCGUGUGAGGGGAGGAAAUGUUCACUCCAGCUCAAAAUCGCAGCAUCAGUGAAUGUUACUGGUGAUAUUCGUGGAGUUUCAGUGUGUGCCGACUCUGCAGGGAUGAUAGGACAUUGCCAGAUUUAUACCUUUGGCAAUGUUGGCAAAGGAAAAGCCACAGGAAAACAGGUUGAUGUGCAGUUUAAGUGUGUUCCUGUUAGACCUGGACAGCUUGUUUUUGUGACUCUCAAAACGAUUCCCAACUACUGUAAGGCUAUGUGGACACAAAGACACCUUGUUCCUGAAUGCAGUCACGAAGGUAUCAAAGAUGAAAUUACAGAGUGCAUCACUGGGAAGCUGGCGUACGCUGUAGAUAAAGCCAGGAAUAUGUUAACAGUGAAAGUUACUGAUGCUCCUGAGAACACAGAUUACAACCUCAGGCUCUGCCAUAAACGCAAUGUCAUCUGUACUGGGGAAGGGGCGCAGAGAACGAUAAAACCACAAUACCUAGAGAGUAGCAUAACACUUCAUUAUUCCAAACCAUUGCCCUGUUUGUGCAUUGAGGGUUGGCCUGCUAGAGUAGAUGCACGGAGAGUUCAAGUGUGUCCAUUUAAAAACAAUUUAGAAGAACUGUGGUCUGGGAUAACCUAUGACCUCAAUAAGGAAGAGCUGAUAUGGGAGCCACUGUGUCCUGUCAAAGUGUCAGUUUCUCUGUGCCAUGCCGAUGGAGGGAAAAGCUGCCAAGACCUUGGAAAUGUUUUUCAUUCGGAGGGGCAAAAAGCGAUAUUCUCCUCCGUGGAUCCACACCCAAUGCUUUGCACGAAGUUUACCACUGAAGUGGGGACAUGGAUAAAGUGUCCUUUUGCCAAAGGAAAUUUCUCAGUCUGGACAGCAAAGGUUACAUCCAAAGAUGGUCAGCAGUGGGCAGAGAUUUCAACAUGGGUCAAAGCCAGCUUCUCCAUUUCUGUCUGUGAGAUGAAUCCCUCCCCUCAGUGUAAACAAAUCGAGGGAAACAAAUUCCAAAGCUUUUCAGUGGACAAAAUGAAGCACACAGAUUUCAACUUGUCUAAAAGUGCAUGCGAAGUGUGUGUCUGCAUCAAGGUCCAGAGGGUAGAUGUACGCUUUUCAGUCCCUGUACUUCAGUGCGACUUGCAGUGUUGUAAGUACAUAUGUAAAGGUGAUAAGAUUGCUGCAGAGGCUACUUUUGAAAUUGUAGCUUGUUAACCGACAAGCAAACUGGGCAUUCCUGUUCCAACUGGUUUGAUUUUUUUGAGAAAUGAAAGGGAUUUCUGUAUAUAUCUUAUUCAUUCAAUAGCAAUCAGAGUUCCACACAUUACAUAGUGCAAUAUAUAAUAAAACGUAGCUGAAUAUUUUUGUCUGUGGUUGACUGUUCAAUGUCGCUUUUGUGAUUGGCCAUAAUACCUGCAGACUGCAGCCAAUGGAAACUUUUCAUUAUUUGCGUGUUCUAGUCCUCACAGGACAGAUUGUGAAAGUAGACUGCUUAAGGUAAAUUAUCUGGGAUAAACCGUGAUUUUUGCAGGAAAUCUGAACAUCUUAUUUUAUCAGAUGCGAUAACAGAAAGUUUGAUAUGGGUGAAGCUGUGUUAGUGUAUCUCAAAUGAUCUAGAUUUUAAUGUAAAUUCAGUCUUAAAAUAAUUUCUUCUAGCCCGAAAAGAUCUUAUGAGACACAUAUUGAGUGAAAACAGUAUCACAAUCUACCACACUUCUAGAGGGUGCACCCUCAGCUUAAACUAAUUAUAGCAUAUUGGUGAAACAGAAUUUACAAAUGCGCUCUGCAUCAUGGGCUUCUAUUUACAACAUGUUUAUGCAGCAAUGAGCAACGUAGCCAAUCACAGACAUAACUGUUGACUUCUUGAACACAGUGGCUAAUCAGUUUAAUAUUCAUCAUUUCAAAGCUUUAUAUUUAAAACAUGAAUCUCAUAGCAUUAUUGUGCAUUCAUGCCACUUGUGAGCCUUGUUAAACAGCCUGUAAAUAAACCUAAAUGCCACUUUUGCGUUCUUCUGUGACACCUCUGAAGUGCAAGGAUUAAAUUUGUUGAUACUGCUUUCAUUUGAUUGGUUACAAAUUUUUCCUGAUUGUGUCUUAUUAUUGAAUGUCUUGUUUUAAUAAAAACAAUGAAAACGUUUAUAAAUAUAGCUCUAUAAGCUAGAGUCCCCCCAAUGAAUUUUGGCCAUUUCCACCACUGCCCAUAAUUUCAAGUAGUUCAGCUAAUCUACAGGUAAACUUUUAAAAACAGCUUCGUAAUAAGCUACUAGUUACAUCAUGGGCAAAGUAAACUAGUGUCACGCUUAUGAAAAGUUAGUAUGUAAGUGUCGUCACAUGCAAUACAGCUACAGCUACUAAUACUUUCAAGUUCAACUAUAGUUAUGCUAAUAUGCAUCAACUAUAAGCUAUUAAAAAGUGGGCACAAUACAUUGAAAAAUAUAACAAUGUUUGUAGUCUAGCUACUUGUAACAAAGUCCACUGCAGGCAAGCAUACUGAACCCAUGUGCCGCUUUUGUUUACAAGACUUAAACUAUAUAAAUAUAAAUGAAGACCUGACUUGAUACCAAACCAUGAAAUAAACUUGAAAAUGAACACAGGCAAAGACUUACCAAGCAGCAGUUACACAACACAAAGCUAGAUGAGACACAAUAGGUGUGUUUGACAUGAAGUGGUGCUGCGCAGACCAAACGGCUUAUGACCUCAAAGUACCACAAGCGCAAUUGGAGAGCAGACACCUCUUUAAGCUUUUGAAUUGCUCUCGUGGUACUUUGAUGUCAAACGCUGAUUGGUCUGCACAGUGCUGCUUCAAGUUGAACACAUCUAAUGGCAAAUGUGGUUACAUGACAUAAUCCAACCACCGAACACAUGACACAUACAACAAAGGAACCAAUGGGAACAAAACACAUGAACAAAAGAACCACAUGGCAGGAUCAAGGGAAACACAUGACAUGACAAACCAGAAAACUAGACUAAAAGCGUGAAUACAAAGUAAAAGACAUGAAAACAUGAACAUAAACUAAAACCCAAAACCAACCAUGACAUAUCCCCCACCUCUAAGGGCAGCUCCCGACGCCCUAAUAAACCACCCAAAACCAACAAAGAGUCUGGUGGUGGUGGUGGAGGACUGGAUGUUGUUGAGGGGGCGGAGUGGAGAGGCAGCCCCAUGCAGGAGAACUGGACCCAGAUCAUGGCAUGGUGGCGGUCCUGGACCGAGGAGCACUGACCGAGGCCAUGGAUCAUGGAGCAGAGGGAAAGACUUGGUGAAUGGUGGACUUGGCCCAUGGAGCACAGGUGGGCCUGGACCAUGAAGCAAUUGCUUGGUGCAGUGGUUGACCUGGGGCAAGACAUGGGCAGUGGAGCCAUGGUGGACCUGGCCCAUGGAGCAGAGACGGGCCUGAACCGUGUAGCAGUGGUGGGCCCAAACCAUG